CACACACACACACACGGUCCUCAAGCUCGUCCUCUCCGCACUCCAUCCCCGCGAAGGCCACGCUACUGCCGUCUCCACAUGCCCUUCUUCGGCGCACGCGUGUCGCUCCUCGUCAUCGCCGUGGCCGCCUUUGCGGCGUGGCGGCGCGCGUACGGCCCGAUCGGCGCGUCUCAGCUGCUCGAUGAGUACGACUACAUCGUCAUCGGCGCCGGGUCCGCCGGGAGCGUCAUCGCCGCCCGCCUCUCUGAGGACGCGGACGUGAGCGUGCUGCUCAUCGAGGCGGGAGGCGAGUCGGGCAUCAAGCACAGCAUACCAGCGGCGUGCGGCGACGUGCAGCUGGUCGACGGAGACUGGCAGCUCAAGACGACUCCCCAGGCAACUUCGCACCGUGCCUACACGGGCCAAAAGUCAAACUGGCCGCGGGGCAAGCUCCUCGGCGGCUCGUCGCAGCUCAACUACAUGGCGUACGUGCGCGGAGACGCGGCGGACUACGACUCGUGGGCGGCGAUGGGCAACCCUGGCUGGGACUGGGAGUCGGUGCUGCCCUUCUUCCUGCAGUCCGAGGACGCGACACUGGCGCGCGAGACAGGGGCCGGCGCGCUCAACUCGUCGGCGCACGGCUUCGGUGGGCCGCUGCCCGUCCGGUACAAGAGCCCCGCCAACCCGCUGGCAGAGGCGUUUGUCCAGUCUGCAGUGGCGGCGGGCCACCCGCUUCGCGACUACAACGACGGCGACGCGAGCGGAGCGUCUCGCUUCCAGCAGACGGUGUUUGGGAGCGGGCGGCGCGGCAGCACGGCGGAUGCGUUUCUGUACCCCGCCAUGGGGCGAGCCAACCUGCACGUCCUCACGCACGGCCUCGUCAGCAAGCUCGUCCUCGCCAGCGAGGGGACCGGCGGGGAGGGGCGCGGCGCUCGGGUGGCGGCGGUGCAGGCCCGUGUCGGCGGCCCACAGGGGGAGGGGGAGGAGGUGCGCAUUCGCGUGCGGCGCGAGGCGGUGGUGUCGGCCGGAGCGGUCGGGUCGGCGCAGCUCCUCCUCCUCUCGGGCAUCGGGCCGCGCGACCAGCUCGAGAAGGUUGGGGUUCCGACUGAGGUGGACCUUCCAGGCGUCGGCCAGAACCUGCAGGACCACCUCGCGAUGUUCUACACCUUCUUCGUCAAGGGCGGGGACGCGGUGACCAAGGCCAAGGCCGAGAGCCCCGCGGCGCUGCUGCAGUGGCUGCUGCGCGGCGAGGGCCACCUCUCCUCCUCGAGCUACGACGCCGUCGUGCACGGCCGCACGCCGCUCGCCGCCGCCGGCGAGGGACCCGACAUGCAGGUGGGCCUCUUCGUCGGCGCGGGCGACGAGAAGCUCUUCCACGACAACAUCGGCGUGAGCAGGAGCGCGUGGGGGCACCUCCAGUCUCCUAAGCACAAGGCGGGCGAGGAGGAGGGCGUCACGCUCGUCCCGUGCCACCUGCACCCAAAGUCGCGCGGCGUUGUCGAGCUCGCCUCCGCCGACCCGGCCGUGCCGCCGCUCAUCGACCCGCGCUACCUGAGUGACGAGGCCGACCUCGACGCUUGGGUUGAGAUCCUGACCGCGGCCAACCUGCUGGUCGCCCAGGAGCCGCUCCGCUCGCUCGUGACGGGCGUCACGGCGCCGCACCCGGCAGACCUCGGCCUCGGGGACGCCUACCCGGAGUACGACGCGAUGAGCCCGCUCGACUUCUACCAGCUACCAAAGGCGCGGCUCGCGCGCUACUGGAAGGCGACGGUGCAGCACUUUGGCAUGACCCUCUACCACCCGGUGGGCACCUGCAAGAUGGGGCCACCCUCGGACCCGCUCGCCGUGGUGGACGCCUCGCUCCGCGUGCGCGGCGUGGCGGGGCUGCGCGUGGCGGACGCCUCCGUCAUGCCGAAGCUGCCGUCGGCCAACACCAACGCGCCGACCAUUAUGAUUGGCGAGAAGGCCGCCGCGAUGAUCCGGAGGGACCGCGUGGGAGAGGAGGCCGCCGCGAGCUCCUCUCUCUGAGACCUGCCCUGUGCCCUCUUUUGGUCUCCCGCCCCUCACGCCGACGCGACGACGCAGCACGUCUCACGCCCGCCUCCCUCUCUUACAUAGUCCUUCUUUGCUCACGUCUCUCAAGUUCAACCUUUGUGUUGAACAUCCUCUCUCUCUGUUUGUGUAUUACUUAUCUCGUACAUAUAGAGCCCCC